AUGAAUGGUACUAUUGAUCAAAAUUUCUGUACCAGAUGUAAAAUCUAUAAAGGUAAACUGGAGUUUGCCAAUUCAAAUUCUCAUAUCUGUAAUAUGUGUAAAGCUCAAACAAAAAGAUACAGAGAAAAUAAGAAACUAUUGAAAGAUGAUAAUGAAGUACCGAAUGAAAUAUUAGAGCCAAAUAAUCUUGCAGAUUAUAUUUACGAUCUUCUUGAAUUACAUACAAAUUCAAUAAUUGCUGAAAACAAUAAAGAAAAUAAUCAACUAGGCAUUCAUUAUUCAUGUACUGUUGAUAUUUCAUCUUAUAAUGAAUCUUCAAAAGAAAUUGCUGAUAAUUUAAUAAAUAUUGUUAGCGAUACUGAUGAAUACUCUUGGAUAUAUAAUAACAAAUAUGACGGCAAACAAGCUACAAGUAUUUGGUAUUUUUGUUCUCAAAGAGUGAAUAUGGCAAAAAAACCUCGUAAACAUAAUGAUCCAGAAAAACAAAGAGAUACUAAAACAAUGGAACGAUUUGAUUGCAAUGGUUGUAUUAAAGUAAAUAUUAACUUAACACUUCAGAUUGCUCGUAUUACAGUUGAGCAUAAUAUUUUGCAUUCAAAGCCAAAUAACGUAGCAGUACCAGAAGAUGUUAAACAAUAUAUUAAAAAUAAUAUCGAUUUAUUACCACGAGAGAUUUAUGCACGAUUAAUUGAUAAGGGUAUGGAUACAUCGAUUGUACAGAAGCAAAUCCAUUAUUGGUGGGCAACUUUUGGAAGUAAUAGAUAUAUAAGGCAUAAUGAUGCUUUUAAAUCUGCUUUAAUGUGGAUUGAAGAAGAAUGUUAUAAGGUUAUUGUAAAUACAACAACACCAGUUCGAGCAAUUGGAUUUUUAACAGGACUUCUUGAUGAUUUUAAACGAUUAAAUAUUAAUAUAUGGUUUGAAUUAUAUGUACUACAUGCAGAAGUUAAUGGUUCAGGAUAUCCGAUCGCAUAUCUAUUUGUAGAAAGCAAUAGCAAAUCGGGAAAUGGAAUACGAACUGAAAUAAUUUUAAUUUUUCUCAAUGAAAUAAAGUUACAAGGUGUAACACCAGAGUUCGUAUUAACAGACAAAGAUUUCGCACAAAUUUCUGGAAUACGUUUUACCUGGCCGAAUACUAAAAUUCAAUUGUGCCGUUGGCACGUGAAAAAGGCAAUUGAUGCACGAUUAAUAUCCAAUAAAUUUCCACAAAAAAUUACUUACAAGCAUAGUAAUGGUAAUGAGUAUUUUUCUUUUAUUGACAAAACUUUUGUUCUGCAACUUCCAGCUCAAAAAGGCACUAUUUUUUGUCCUGAAGAAUUACGCACAUCAGUCUGGGAAUUAAUGGAUAAACAUUUACAUCUUCAUCCCUUAAUACCAAUAUCUUCUAAUCUGGUACUAACAUGUUCGCAAAUUUGGGAACAAGCAGUGAAAGAAAUUUAUUUUUUUUGCAAAAAUAAUUCGUUACCUUUUCUUUGGAUUUACUUGUGGAAAGAAUGGUACUGCGCAGACCGAUGGGCAUUAUGGAUGAGAGCAGGUUAUGAAAAUAAGAUUUCAGUACUAAAAACAACGAUGUUUAUAGAAUCGCACUGGAAAACAAUUAAACGAGAUUUUCUUUAUAAAUUUUUCCGCCCAAGACUUGAUCUAGUUAUUUAUAUUCUUAUGAAAAAAGUAAUAUUACAUCAAAGGCGGAAAUUUGAUCAGAUUAUGCUUGGACGAGUAAAUGCAGAUUGGCGAAAAGCAAUGAAGUCAGAAUGGAAACGAUUGACAAAAAAGGUCAUUAAAGAAGAUAGUGAUAAACUUUAUAUUACUGAUAUAGAAAGGUGGAUCUGCAGUUGUCCAUAUUACCUCACAAACCGGUUCUUUAUCUGCAAACAUCUUGUCCAAAAAAAGGGAACCGUAUCUUCACAAUUUUUUGACCAAGUUAAACGAAGUAAUCAAUAUCCAUUUUUAGUUAUAAUGCAAGAUAUAAGUUCUUCGAUGAUUAAUAUGGAUAAUAAUAAUCAGAUUAAUAAUCAGAUUGAAGAUAAUCAUAAUCAAAUUAAUCAAAUUGAAACAACUAAAGCUCAAGCCAUUAGUUUAGUGCAUGCAGUAAGUUUUUCGAUGAAUAACAAUAAUAUAAAUAAUGAUCAGGUUGAAGAAGAUUCAGAUGCUUUUUUCAAUCGAUUAAUCAAUACGACAAAAAAAGCACUUGAUCUAUUAUAUGAACAUAAAGAUACCAAAAAUAUUAAAUGGGGUAAAAGCAUAGAAAAAAACUUUCUAUCAGUUAAUACAAUGGUAGAACAAAUCGAAGCUUAUCGUAGAAGAAUAACUAUGCCGAAGACUUGGAAAGAGCAUACACACAACACUC